AUGAGACAAGUUCGAUCGCAAGAGACAAAUGAGGACCGUGAGCGCCGUUUAGCUUACAAUAGAGAACAAACUGCGGAAUCUCGGGCAUCGGAGUCCAGUUUUAAUAAUGAAACGCGCUUAGCUACAGAUCGCGAACGUCACGCGUUGUCUCGCGCUUCGGAAACAUUAACAAAUUACUCUCAGCGUUUAAAAGUAGACCGUGAACGUCAUAUCGAGUCUCGAGCUUUAGAGACGUUUACGGAGCAUUCAGAAAGGUUGACUGCAGACCGUGAACGUCAUGCUGAAAGUCGCGCUUCAGAAACGUUUACGCAAUAUUCAGACCGCUUGACAGCAGACCGUGAGCGUCAUGCUGAGUUUCGCGCUUCGGAAACAUUUACGGAGUGUUCAGAACGGUUGACUGCAGACCGUGAACGUCAUGCUGAGUCUCGCGCUUCAGAAACGUUUACUCAAUAUUCGGAACGCUUGACUGCAGACCGUGAGCGUCAUGCUGAGUCUCGCGCUUCAGAAACGUUUACUCAAUAUUCGGAACGCUUGACUGCAGAUCGUGAGCGUCAUGUCGAGUCUCGCGCUUCGGAAACAUUUACGGAGUGUUCAGAACGGUUGACUGCAGACCGUGAAAGUCAUGCUGAGUCUCGCGCUUCAGAAACGCUAACUCAAUAUUUGGAACGCUUGACUGCAGACCGGGAACGUCAUGCAAGAUCACGUGCUUCGGAAUCAUUUACUCAAUAUGAAGCGAGGUUAGCAGCAGAUAGGGAGAGCCGUUCGGUAAGUAGGACACAUGAAACCCAGCAGGAGCAUGACUUACGCUUAGAAUUGGCAAGGGGAUAUUAUGAAAAUUCGCUUCAACACCGUAACGAACUUUUGUCUUUACAAAGGGAAAGAGUGCAAGCAAUUAGGAGUAACGAGACAGAGAGUGAACGUGCAAUUCGGUUACAAGCUGAUCGUAUUCGUACUUUUAUAAAUCGUUCACCCACCUUUACUCCGCCAUCUAUGGACAGAGAGAACUACACUGAUCUCCCUUGGGUUGAUAAAGAAAAUAGUGGUUUUACCUACACUUUUAAUAUUGACUAUACUUUUCAUUUUGAACAAGCUAAGUGGUCCUACGAAAAGCAAAGUGUGAUACAGUGUAUUAUUGAAGAGUGCAGUGCGUUCUACUUGGGACAGUGUCCUGGCUUUGAGGCAGCGGAACUUCACCCAGCUUAUAGUUUGGGUGAUUUGUUGGUUUGCCCUGCUAUUGCACCUUAA